AUGCACGUUCUCUCGACCCUCCUGCCCGCUCUGGGCCUGUUGGCCCAUGUAUCUUCCGCCGCAUACACCCUACGUGAUGACUAUGGUUCCUCCGACUCGUUUUUUGACAGGUUCAACUUCUUCACGGACCACGACCCCACUAAUGGCUUUGUGAGCUACGUCGACCGUAACACCGCCUCGCGCAACGGUCUCAUCAACACGAGCAACGGUGUCUACAUCGGCGUUGACCACUCCAACACCGCCACCACGCCUGGUCGCCAGAGCGUCCGCCUGGAGGGUACCACCACCUACAAGCAUGGACUUGUUAUCCUCGAUCUGGCCCAUAUGCCCAGCAGUACAUGCGGCAGCUGGCCCGCCUUCUGGAUGCUCGGCUCCAACUGGCCCAACAACGGCGAAAUCGACAUAAUCGAAGGCGUAAACGAGCAAACCCAAAACCAAAUGGCCCUGCACACCAGCGACGGCUGCACAAUCAACAACAGCGGCUUCACAGGCUCCCUCAUUGCACCAAACUGCUACGUCCAAGCCAGCGGGCAAUCCCCAAACAGCGGCUGCACAAUCCAAAGCGACAACACCCAGUCCUAUGGCACAGGCUUCAACAACGUCGGCGGCGGCGUCUACGUCACCGAAUGGACCGGCUCCGCCAUAUCAAUCUGGUUCUUCCCCUCCUACGCCGUGCCCGCUGAUAUCUCAUCUGGAAACCCCAACCCGGCGGCCUGGGGCACGCCCACAGCCCGCUUUGCUGGCAGCUGCAAUAUCGACUCGCACUUCAACGAUCUACAGAUCGUGUUCGAUAUCACCUUCUGUGGAGACUGGGCGGGCUCGGUUUGGGGUUCGUCGAGUUGUGCCAGUCGCGCGGGCUCGUGCGUCGACUAUGUGCAGAAUAAUCCUACGGCAUUCCAGGAGACUUACUGGCGUGUGCGGUCGCUGAAGGUUUAUCAGGAUUCGAGUAUCACCAUUGCCGGUGCUGAGGUUGAGGUUGGGGUUGAAGGUGAGGUGGGUGCUAGUUGGGAUCCUACGGGGUUGUUUGAGCGCUCUACGCCUAGGUCUGCUAUGAAGCAUCGUCGGGAGCAUUAUCGUCAUGGGCAUGGGCAUGCUCAUAUUUAG